UGUAAUACCUACGGCACGAACGUUUUGUAUUCAAACUUCAUUUAUAAUUUUUCCAUAAUUUUUUUGGAAACACGAUUAAGUUUUGGAGGAAAACAAUGGCGACAAUUGAAUUUCCAGAUGUUUUAUUUGGCACUUCGACUAGUGCGUAUCAAAUCGAAGGUGCAUAUAAUGAGGAUGGAAAAACCUUUAGCAUUUUGGACACUGCAUACCAUGGAAAACAAACUUCAAAUGGCGCAGCCGGACGGUCAAACGGCUAUUUAAAAACAGCUGCCGCAUACGUACCGAAAACUAAGGUCAAUCAAGCAAAUAGUUGUCCAGUCCCUAAAAAUAAUGACAAUGGUGAUAUUGCAUGUGACUCUUACCAUAAAAUCGAAGAAGACGUUUCAAAUUUGAAAGACCUAGGCGUCCAAGUGUAUCGGUUUUCGAUAAGUUGGACAAGGAUUUUUCCAGGAGGGUCAGAUAAAGCUAAUCCGCUAGGAAUAAACUACUAUAAAAAGUUGAUAGAACAGUUGAAGGCUGAGAAGAUCACACCAAUGGUAACGUUGUAUCAUUGGGAUCUUCCCCAGGAAUUACAAGAUAUAGGCGGUUGGGCGAACGAAGAAAUAAUAGAAAAUUUUCUUGUAUACUGUCGUUUAGUCUUUGGUACAUUUGGAGAUGAUGUUAAGUAUUGGAUUACUUUGAACGAACCUAGAAUGGUAGCCAACGGUUAUGGUGGUUGUAGUCUUCCUCCUAAAUUAGGUGAUCAGUGUAGUGGCAUUGAAGACUAUAAGGCAAUGCGUAAUUUACUUCUCGCUCACGCAAAAGCGUACAGAUUGUACGAGAAAGAAUUUAAAGAGAAACAGCAAGGUGAAGUAACUUUAUGUAUAGAUGCAGCAUGGGUGUUCCCAUUUGAAAAAAAUUCAGAUGAUAAAUAUGCUGCUGAAUUAUGUUUACAAUCGACUGUCGGUGUGUUUAUUCAGCCAUUGAUAACUGGACAAUUUCCACAAAUCGUUCUUGACUCUAUUGAAAAGACAAACCGAGAAACAAAUAGAAAAACGAAGAGGCUCAUUCAAUUCAAUGAAGAUGAAAAAAAACUACUUACUGGUUCUUAUGAUUACAUUGGAUUUAAUUAUUAUUUUUCGUGGAGGGUGUCUGCGUUAUCCGAAAAUGAUAUAACCCCUGAAACACCGUUGAAAACAAUUGACCAAGGAUACAUAACAAAAAAAACACUUCCAACAGAUAUUGUGGAAGGAUUUACUAAGUUGGUAGAUUGGAUGAAUGAACAAUUUAAGGUAUCGUCCAAAUCUGGAAGUCAUAAGUUUUUCAUUUGUGAAAAUGGAACUCCAACCAACAACUAUGAAGAUAAAGUGAACUACCACCAGGGAAUAUUUGAAGAGAUGUACAAAGCAAUAAAAAAUAAUAUCAACAUAUUUGGCUAUUGCGUUUGGUCAUUUAUGGAUUCGUUCGAAUGGGGUUCGGGAUACGAACCGAAGUAUGGAAUAUAUGAGGUAGAUUUCAAUGAUGAAAAAAGAACUCGUACAAAAAAACCAUUUUUUGGUUAUUUCAAAAAGCUGUUCCAGACUAAGAAGUUAACAAUCAAAGGAAAAAUUUGAUUGGGUCAAUUUUUUUUAAAUUUUAUUAUUUUAUACUGGGUUAGAUUAAAUAAUAUAGUAGUGAAUAUAGAUAUUAUAUAUUUUAAA